AUGAAGAAAAUGAUCUCAUGCUUCCUUUUGCUGGUUGGACUUUUCCCUGCCUUGGCCAGAGAGAAACGCUUUCCAGGGACACUUUUAAGUCAAAGAAAUGAUGUUUCUUUACUUGGUGAGUUGCAAGUUGGCAAUAUCAAACAAUGCCUGCAUACAGUUUAGGACUUCCUAAUGCUUGUAGAUUGUAAGCAAUGGGGACUGCGCUGCUCUGCUCUUUUGGAGGGGAUGAUUAUUGUGGAAGCCACAACACCAGAGAUAGGAUAGGGAAGCAGAGAAGUAGAACAGUUUGGGAAGAUGCAUAUACUAUUAUGAUGAGUGGUCUUUUUAAACAGGCAACACUACUUCUGGAUGGACCAAAGUACCUGGUGAAGUGGCAGAGAGAGGCUUGCAUAACCUUUUCCUUGCCUGCUGUUUCCUUUAUCAGAUUACAAAACAGCCAUGAUUUUAGGGGGAGGGGGGAGGGCAGAGAGAUAGUUGCUUUGGAGUGAUUUGGAGCAAGAAACAGUGAGCAAGAAAAUAGUCAAGCACUCCCUUCUCUUCACUGCCUCUCUAGUGCCUGUUCCUUUCUGGAAGUAGCUUUUACUGCUUAAAAAGGCAUGGUGGGUUGAUGAUUACAUUCAUAAAUGUCUAGUUUGACACUUAAAAUGGCACGUACAUGUUGGGGAAAUUGUUGGUAUUAAUAGCAUCAAUUAUAUGAAUUAUACCCUAUUGCUUGAAGUGCCUGGAAUAAACUAGUACAGUAAAUCUAUUUUCCUAGAAGCUCAACUAGAUGACCUAAUGCACAUUUUAUAUUUCCAUUGCUUAUGAAUGUGUCAUAAACACUGGAUUCCAAAUAAGAGGUUUGGGAUCAAAAUCACAAAAAUUAAAGUUGUAUGUUCACAGGUGUUGUUUUAAUCCUUGCUAGUUAGUAUUGUUAUCUUUGUUAGAAUUGCGUCAGAAAGUUCCAUGAGGGGUAUAUAUCCUAUCCUGUCCUUUCCUUUCCUUUUUGGACUACAUUAGUUGUAAAUCAGAGCCAGAAUUGUGGGCAUGGUUAAACAAAGCCAGAACUUUUCAUUUCCGUGUGAUGUUUGCAAAGACUUCAAAAUUUGCCUUGGCUAGAGUACUGCAUUUGACCCAAUUUAUUCUUAUUUCUGAUUAGUUAAUUAUGGAACAUAUGCAAAAUCCACAGCUUGCCCUCUGACUAUUAGUAUUCCAAAGCUGCAUCACUACUUCUAAAACUGGUGCCAAAACAAUGUCCUGGGAAGGAGGAACCUACACCUGGCAUUCAAGAGCCCUGUGACAACUGACAGGGCCCAUGGAGAAGAAUGUGUUGGCUUUUUGGCUCCAUUCCUUCAUGUACUUGAGUCUGAAAAGUUACACUGAAAAUAGCUCACCUAAUUUUUUUACUUGAAAUGAUAAGCAUCUUUUGAGGGUUAAUCCCCCACCCCGACUUUUUUCAACUACAUUUGAAUCAACACAGAGAAUUCCAGCUUACGGCAUAAUUGGAAGAGAAACAAUGAACUGGAUCCAACUCCUCAGAUUGAGGUCCAGACUUCCUAGUUUGGUCUCCAGUGGUGACCAAACUUAAGUUCAGCCCUUCCAACUCUAUUUUAAUUUCUUUCUUUCUGACUUCAUUCCUGCAAAUAUCCCUCACGUGUUAUCCAUGUACAAUUAUUAUACCAUAAUUAUUGGUGUUUUAUUCUACGCUAGAAAAAAGAGAGAGAAAUAACUGCAUACAGGAGUGAGGUAAUAAUGUGGAAAACUAAUAAAUAUGCCAGCAUUUCUGCAUCUCAUUAGAAUUGGAAUGCCAUUUUUGCUCAUUUUGGAGGAUGUUCAGCAACCUCUGGUUCUGAAACCUUUCUGUGACUCUCUGAAGAAACCUUGACUGUAGCCCCCAAAUGAAUAAAACAUAGUUACUUCAUAGACCGCAAAUAACAUUGUUGUUCUGUGCCCACAAAUGUUUCUGGUUGCUGACAAAAGACCAAAUGAACCAGAGGGAAAUAUGGCCAUUUCCCUCAAUAAAUUGCACAAACAUGUUUUCAGUAUUUAUCCUUGAACCGUUUGCUUAAGCACGCAACAAUAGACAACAGUACAAAAAAACCAAAAAAAUCUAAUUUUGACUUUGUAUUUCCCCAAGAUGGAAUAUUGCUUCAGUGACUACAGAAUAUGCAGACUCAGAAUAGGAGCCCAUAAUGUUAGGUUCUUACCACUAGCUGAAUUUGGUUGUUGCCUACAUCUUUUAUGCUAAUUCACAAUUCUUCUUUUAGUAUUAUUAGUACAGUCAAACCUCGGAUCCGAACGCCUCCGUUUUGGAACAUUUCGGCUCCCAGACGCUGAAAACCCGGAAGUAAAUGCUCCGGUUUUUGAAUGUUUUUCGGAAGCCAAACAUCCGAUGCAGCUUCCACUUGGGUGCAGGAAGCUCCUGCAACCAAUCGGAAGCCGCGCCUCGGUUGUUGAACAUUUCGGAAGCCGAUUGGGCUUCCAGAAUGGAUUACAUUCGACUACCGAGGUUUGACUGUAGCAUGUUUAUACUCCACCUUUCCUCCAAAGAGGUGAGACUGGUAUAUAUGUUACUCGCCCCUCCCAUUUCAGCCUUACAACAACCCUGUGAGGUAGGCAAGGCUGAAAGAUGGAGACCGUAGCAAGGUCAUCAUGGCCGAGUGGGGAUUUGCACCUCGGUCUCCCAGUUCCUAGUCCAGCACUCUAACCAGAACACUAAAAAUAUUGGUAGAUUGAGUAUCUGUGGGUUGUAAAUUAAAUUUCAUUUGCUUCCUAGUUCUUAAUUCAAAUUAUAAGCACUCUACCUGACCCAUCAUACUCACUUUGGGGAAUUGUUUGUUUUAUAUAUCUGCUUUCCCCUCUCCUUUUUCAGAAAAUUUUUGCAAUAACAAACGGCUGGACCUUGUGUUUAUCAUCGACAGUUCUCGCAGUGUUCGCCCUUAUGACUUUGAGAAAGUGAAAGAAUUCAUCUUAACCAUCUUGCAGUUUUUGGACAUUGGCCCGGAUGCCACUAGAGUGGGACUCAUUCAAUAUGCCAGCACGGUCAAACAGGAAUUUUCCCUGAAGACCUUUAGGAGGAAACAGGAUGUGGAGAGAGCAGUGAAAAGAAUGUUGUACCUGGCCACAGGUACCAUGACGGGAUUAGCCAUUCAGUAUGCAGUGAACAUUGCAUUUUCAGAAUCUGAAGGGGCUCGGCCACUCCGACAGAACGUGCCUAGAGUGAUCAUGAUAGUGACAGAUGGGAGGCCUCAAGAUCCUGUCGCAGAUGUUGCCGCAAAAGCCAGGAAUUCGGGAAUUCUGAUUUUUGCUAUUGGCGUGGGAAAAGUAGAUAUGAAUACCCUCAAGUCCAUUGGGAGUGAACCUUAUGAAGACCAUGUGUUUUUGGUUGCAAAUUUUAGCCAGAUUGAAACGCUGACUUCUGUGUUCCAGACUAAACUUUGUGGUAAGUCUCUUAAACGUAGAUUUUGAAAGUUUUGUUGAAAAGUCUUUUAAAGGUGCCUCCCUACCUCCCUCUUGUUUUUAAAAGAAACAGGUGCAUGCCAGAACCAUGGGUUCCUUAUCAUGAAAGACAAAUUGCAGUGUGUUUGAUGAAUAGGCAGGUUUUUUGAGAAGCACCACAAAUAAUUAUUUAAGGCUGCAUUCAGAUGCAGCAACAAAAAACAGUUUUCCAUUAUGUGCAUGAGCCGCAGUGAACCUUGAACUCACACACUUUCCCUUUCCCUUUCCCUUUCCCUUUCCCUUUCUUUCUUUGCAUGCAAAGGGAGGAAAUGUAAAACUUCUGAUUGCAGUCAGUAAUGAACUGCAUCUUCCUGUUUUCUCUGAAUAUGGUAAGCUGACAUAGGUCGUUCACCUGUACAUGCCAGAAUCAAACAAUAGUUUAAUAUCCUGGUUUGUUAUUUAACUAUGAUUUGUACAAAGAGUUUCUCAUGUUCAAACAGAAUGGGAAACUGUGGAUGGUUACAAACCAUUUUGAGCAGGAAAGACUAUUUUGGUGCUCGUUUCAUUCCUUUAAUAUGCAUGUUCUCUUUGCCCAUUGAAAGAAAAACCUCUUAUCUAGGUUUUUACACCUCUUACCUAGUCUUUUCGUAUAUUACCGGUAAGUCUUUAGCAGAAGUAGUUUUGUUUAAUUACCUUUCUAUUUUUCAGUCCAACACAUGUGCAGUGUGACUGAACAUGGCUGUGAUCAUUUCUGCAUCAACACUCCUGGAUCUUAUGUAUGUAAAUGCAAACAAGGGUAUAUUCUGAACUCAGACCAGAGGACCUGCAAUAGUGAGUUUUCUAUUGUAUCUCUCUUAUAUCUUACCAACUCAUAAAUACAGUCUUUGGUGUAAAAUUGCAAAGCUGUUGUGGUCUCAACAGCCUGAAAACAUUUGACAUUACUUCCUUGGAAAAUCAAUAUAUCCACUCCUGAUAACUUUGUUUUAUAAGGUAAAAUGGUGGAAUGGUUUUUUGGUGUGUGUGUAUCAACAUAUUCUAAGAAAGCUACAUGUUAAGUUUUCUCUACUACAACAUAGUGCAGUUUCUGAUGUAAAUGUAAUGCUGUACUUUCCUUUUCUGCAUAUCAUUGGCUGCUUCUGGUGGGAGCUGGACAAUUCUCAGCAUAGCAGCACCCAGGAUAUUAUGCACUAUGCAUGAUGGGGAAACAUCUUUGAGGGGGGAAAUGCUAACAUUUUCAGCAACAGAUCCAUAUUGUUUUUUUGUGGUUCUGCCCACAGGAACACCAAUAUUGCUAUAUAGUUGGUAGUACCUGUACCUCUUGCCUAUGUCUUUCCCCUUUCAAUUCUCCCGUCAUUUUAAUAGUAGGAAAACUUUUUAAAAACACUUUGCAUUUCCAUUUUGUCUCACAUUUUCUUUUUCCUCUGUGCCAAAGAUUUCUUCACUUUCCUUGCCAAAACAGUGUGUGAUAUCUAGUCUCAGAUCUUAUCAUGGUUAUUGCUUGCUAUAGUGUAGAAUACAUUUAAAAUAUAAAAUGUUUCAUCUAAGAUCUGGAGUCUUAGACUAGGACUUCUCUCCUGUUUAUGUCACCCUGCAACAUGUUGAAAAAAUAAUUAGCUGCAAUAGUCUUGUCCAGAAGAUCAACGUGGCAUUGUGGCACCAAAUGCUUUGUGCACUUCUUCACAGUGUUUAUAGUGAAGAUUUCCCUCAGAGGCAAAUCAUUAUGUUUUUCCUCCACUUGUGUCUCAAAAUAAACAUUAUAUAGUAGCACAUGGCUUUUUUUGGAUUCUAAGUGGCCUUCCUUCCUAUGAUAACUUAGUUCAAGUUAUGUACAGCAAAGUGAUAAAAAUUAUAAAUAGCAUGGGCAUAAUUAAAUAGAAGGUGCCCCUACACCACCACUUUAUGACAUACAGCUUAUUGCCUUCUCUUAUAAAGUACUGAUUUAGGACAAACAAAAUAAAAUAAUUCCUUCCAGUAGCACCUUAAAGACCAAUUAAGUUUGUUAUUGGUAUGAGCUUUUGUGUGCAUGCACACUUCUUCAAAUAGCUUCACACUUCUUCAUAUAACUUCUUCAGGUGUAUCUGAAGAAGUGUGCAUGCACACGAAAGCUCAUGCCAAUAACAAACUUAGUUGGUCUCUAAGGUGCUACUGGAAGGAAUUAUUUUAUUUUGUUUCGACUAUGGCAGACCAACACAGCUACCUACCUUUAACUGAUUUAGGACAGUAGUGCAGAAAAUUGGCUGCAAGGAACAUUAUGAUGAGUGGUGCCCAAUGGGUGACCAUGAAAAUUGCCAGAAAUUGGUGCAGUAGGAAUGCGCAUUAAUUCACCAGUAGAAUUGCCGUUCCUGACACAGCACAUAAGUGUCUUCACUGCAAUUAAGUGCAGAGAGAAAGAGAGCCAUGGAGGGAGCAAGAGUGAUGAUGGUCCAUUUAUAUACCAUUCUAAAGGAUUUUCUCGCUUUUAAAAAAAUGGCAUAGUUAUAUUGUGGCCUAAGCUAAGUAUAGAAUCCCCAAGAUAUUUUUUCCCUGGUAACUAUGGCCAAGGAAGCAUGUGUGGCAGCUGUGGAUGUAUGCACUGCUGAUGGCCCUGUCACACCUAUUGUAGAAUAUUAAGAAAGGUGGAUGCUAGAACAGUUUUGUUGGCAAGGGUUAAAUUCAAGCUGAUGCAGCCCUAGUGUGAUUUAUUUAUUGCCUUAUUUUAAUGAUUUGUUUUACAUAUUAAUAUGCCACCUUUCAGAAUGACAGUUUGCAUCAAAUAAAAGCAAUUUUUAAAAACCCACUUCUACAGUGUGAUCCAAAAAUAUUGAGUGGAUUCAUCUAACCAGCCCCAUCAGCAGAAGCUUUCUGGCCAGGGUUUUCCUCCUCUUUCUCCCACUGCACCACAUAUAAUUGGCUCUGAACCACCCCAGAACAGUGUGCAGGAGGAAGAAAGGAGUAUCAUUCUGUUUGGCAAGCUGGAAUGAUUACAUAGAUUGAAUGUUGGGAAGAGUGUGAUGUUGAUUUCCACUCAUUGUAUUUUUUAUUUUUAUUUUUUUGCAUGUGUUGUAGAAUGUCCAGAAGCAUAUAAGGCCAAAAGCACAUUCCUCACAUGGUCUCUAAUCUCUGCAGAUAUAAAUAAGCCUUGUUUACAUUUUCAGACAAUACAUGGUCAACAUUAACCAGAUGUAUUUGACUAAAUGCUAGCAUCGGCUUUCAGUUAACUUCCACACUAAAUUUAACAUCCUCAAAAUCACUUACCCUUUCUAAUCUCUCAAAGUCACUGGCUAUAAUUCACAUCUCAUUAAAGUAAAUGGCAAGGCUCUCACUAGUAGUUCAGGUUUGUGAAUUUCACUCGCUGGCUGCAGUUCCACAACCAGUUUAUACAUAUAUGUGACCCAUUAAUUUAAUCAGCAUUGACUUAGGCGUACAGGAAAUGUGCCCCUGUGUUAAAUGGCUUCCCUACACCCAAUAUCCAGAUGUUGAGUGUGGUUGCCUGUAGCAGGAAAAGCCCAAAGUGUACAUGUAUCAAAGAAGGGUACUUUAAAGUAUUGAUAUUACAAGUCUGGAAUUCCCCGCACAGAGCAGCCUGCAACAACUUAUCCCUUCCUAUUUUUAAAGAGAGUUUGAAAGGGGGGGGGAGGAGUUUGGAAGGCUUCUUAAAAUCGAUUAAAACCAUUCUGCUCACUAAACAGAAUUGGUUCAUCAAACAGAUGAGAGUUCAUUUUAUUUUUAGUGUCAAGAUCAGGAGCAGUCAGUGGGGUCACUGCCAUGGAAACCAGCCUUUUGGCAUUGGGGUUUUUUGCUGCUUACAAGGACAGCGGCUGAAAAAGGAUGGCAGUGAAGUUGGACUGGCUCAGGCACACCAGAGAAAGCAUCAGAUUGGCUCUGCUGGUGUGUUUGUGUCCUGGUAAGCAGCAGUGAUGCAGCCCCAACAGCCCCAUUGGUUUUUUUCUGCAACAGACUAACAUGGCUAUCCUUAGCUUUACUGUUAUUUUGUUUGUGUUGUUGGUUUCUAAAUAGUUGCUCCAUUUAAAUAAUGUUUUGUUUAUUCUCACAUUUGGGCAAUUAAGAUUUCCUUUUUGAAAGGAAACAAAAUGUGUCAGGCAUAGAGGGAACUUUGAAGAAACUAGAUAUAGCGUAUCCAGUUUGUUCGUGCAGAAAACAAACCUAUAGUAAGUCUUGGCUGGGGAAAAAGUAAGCAUGCCAUUCUCUGGGAAAGCAUGCGUGUAUUUGUCACAGUGAGCACAGAUUGUAUAAGUAAACAGUUGCUUCUUUUACCAAAUAUUUAAUCUAUAUUUUCAGAAUUAUGUCUAGGUUUUUAAAGUAUCAGUAUCACAUAUCAGUUUUGACACUUUGUUUUAGAAUGUUUUAUUUUUUUAUAAAGUUGUUUAUAUAUCAUGGGCUUGUGUUAAACAUGACUUGCUUAUUUUAAUCUCUUUCUCACAUUUAUCUUUAAAUACGUCCAAAUCUCCCUGGUCAUAAAUUCUUGAGGUAGGAAAAACAAUCUGAAUAAGCAAGGGUGACUUUAAAUCACUUAAGUAGUACCGAUUGUGGAUAUUUAGUUUCUAGGCUGUAGGGGCAAUUAGUGACCUGAUACUGGUUUUUUAAAAGCAAUACUGCAAAGUAUUCUCUUUUUUAAUUGUUUGAAUCCUAUUUCUUGAGGGAGAUCGUUCUAGCUUAAAAGAUCUUUCAGAAUUUUAAACUAAAAGCAUAUUUAUACUGCUACCCAAUCUGCCAGUUGGCUAUAUAUUGGCUUUGGGAUGGGACCCCUCUGUAUUGCAGAAGAUACUGAGACAUGUUUUAAGGCACCCACUGAACUCACACAGAGCAUAGUUCAUGUAGGAGAUUACCAGCCAAACCUAACAAAUGCAUAUUCUUGUUAGUUAGCAUGAGAAGGGGCUAAAUCCACAGAGCUGUAUUGCUGAUAGGCAGAUACUCAGACUGUUAUGUACUGAAGUUCUCACCCUGGGCCAGCAGGGGGAUACUGUAGAUAGUUAUGCAAAUGAAGGAUUGAAAGUGACGUUCAGUGAUUGGAUAGUUUUAGAAAGUUGCUACAGUAACGUUGUACUGGAGCUCUAGAUAAGCAGGCUGACUGAGCCCUUCAGUUCAGUUCUGUUCUGGCCUCUGAAUAAACAAGAGCUGUUUGAAGAAUCGCUGUGUCGUCUGAUAUGUUCACCCACAACUUAACACAGACCAUACAAUUGGUAGAGAGGGCUCUGUGUGAUGUCGUUUCCCCUCCUCUCCUAUAGAGGAAGGAGCAUAUAGUACUUCCUGUUCCUCUCUAUGUUCCUUUGACUAGUGUUGGAUUCAGAUAUGCCUCUGCUUGCUGCAGCUUUUAGGCACAUGGCUGAAGCUGGUUACAUUGUAAAUAUAAGUAUUUUGCCUGCAUAGUUUUUCCUGCUGCCACUUCUGUGAACCAGUGCAAUAUUAUAAGUAAGUAAAUUAUAAAUAUUUUUACUUACUUUACAAGCUGUUGCCUGAUUCUUUGUUAAGUGGGGUAAGAAGUGGGAAGCCAACUUACUUGCUAGCUGGAUUUGCUCGAAAGGAGGCUUUGCAGCCUAAUUCCUAUGCUUCUGAUUUUGCUGCCAAGGUUGGGAUUUUGAAACUCUGUUCAACCCACACAUGUGGGAGCCUAGAGAAAUGAAUUGCAAUUAGUAUAUCUUCUCUUACCUAUUAAAACCCAUCCCACAGGUCACACUUUGUUGACCCCAGUUUCACUCUGCACAGACUGAGAGAGGUAGCUGUGGUAGUCUUCUUCAACAUGAGCAACAGCAGAGUCUUGCAACACAGCAUUUAUUAUGGCAUAGACUGGUGGUAGCCAGUGUGGAGCCCUCCAUAUGGUGUGGACUAAUUAUCAGGAAAUCUGCAUAGGUUUGCAAUUCAGUGCUAUUCAAUCUCAUUUCAAGUAAAUCUUCCAGAAGUUCUCCCAUUUCUGUCCAUGUGGUAAUGGAAGGUUCUGAUACAAUUUUAGCCAAAGUGCUUGGUUUUAAGCCAGUUGAUGAUCUGAUUGUAACAUUUGCUGUUCCUGCAGAUUAGUUCUGCAUCCAACAGAUAAUUUUGGGUAAGGUAACAAAGCAUAUCUAUAUGUUCACAAACAUCUCCAAUAUUACUGGCCUCUCUGCAUGCAGAUACGAUAUAUGAAAGAUUACAGGACAUGAGACAAAAAGAGAAAAGGUAGAACUGAUUAUGGCAUAGGGUGCAUAAUUCAGUUCUUUUUAAGAUUGUGGUGUAAUUUUUAUAUUUUGCAGCCCAGGACCUAUGCGAAGUCGAAAAGCAUGAUUGCGAACAGAUAUGCGUGAAUACACCCGGAUCCUAUGUUUGCCAGUGUUAUGAUGGUUAUGAACUUGAGGAAGAUGGAAAGAAAUGCUUCAGUAUGUAUCUGCUUCCUAUUGUUCUUAUAGUUAAAAAAAGAAAGCAAGGAAAAAGAGGCUGCUUUUAGUGUGAUAACUGUCUUGGAUAUCUUUCAGCCCUCCAAGGCCCGGAGAAGUGUACCCAUCUGCCCCCUCACCUGCUUGGGCCUGCCACAGGGUCCCAUUGGUAACUCUCAUUCCCAUGAAGAUGGUUACUUAUGACUGCAGGCAGAUCAACCUCUCUAGUUUCUAGUCUCCUAUAUUCAGUUUGGAGUAUCAGGGAUGACAGGGUGGCUGAGACCCAUAAGCUGUCAGCUCACACAUUCCAUUGCUUAUGGGGAAUGGAAGGUUCUGCUGGCUGCAAAGCCGUAAGAUAAAAUCUUACAGAACUAAUGUGGGAAUAGGAUGAAGGGAAGGAAGAAUUCAUGUGGUGCCACUGUAGAAAUUUCUCUAAGCAGGAGAACUCCAGCAAUGGCAGGAAAAUUAUCAGACAACAACAACAAACUAAUAAGUUUAAGGGCACAAGCUCUUUGUGGUAGCUAUGUGAGUUGUUCCUAAUGUUAUGAUUGAUCUGCUGUUUCCCACAUUGUGGACUUCCCUUUUCUGGAGCUGGAAGGGAACACCUCCACAUUUCAUUAAAGAGUGUUCCUUGAUGCUAAACAACUGUCUUUCUCAGGCUCCAGUUUUUAAAAGCUUGCUAAAAAAAUAUGUGAAAGCAUACUGAUUCCAUCAUACGUUCAAGUUUUCUUAGGCCCAUAAACACAGUCACACCCCAAUACUUUGUAAGCAAAACAGCUUCCCACAGCUGUACAUUCUCUCUAGCAAACUUCACUCUGAAACCCAUAAAACUUAUUGCUUUUCAAAUAACAGCUGUUUUAUGUUACUACUUUGCAUGAGGAAUGGGUUGUUCUUUGUUCUAAUGAAUACUUUACUUUCUGAUUGCUGAAUACUUAAACUUAUUAUAUAUAAAUCGGAUGCAUUUCCAUUUACAUGCGCUAUGUUCUCUUUUUGUUUAUUUAAGUAUUUUCAUUUGUUUGAAUACCUCCUGUCCUAUGCCCUACUGAGAUCCCUAAAAAUCAAAGCCAUCUUCUUUUGUAUAGUAUUUGUUAAUUUCUCCAGGGGCACAUAGACACACUAGCUCUUCUGUAACUGUGCAACUCCUUUCCCCUAGAGAGUUCUCAUAGCCCAAAUAUCUAGCUUAAGUGCCAUGAUACUUUUCUUUUUCUUUAAGCUAGGGCUGAGCUAUAGGUAGCUCUCAGAUCAGCCAGAAGCUGAAACAGACUAAAGAGACUGAUGGGAAAUCUUUUACAGCUUUUUCUAUCCAGGAGGCCCCAAUGGCCAACUUGGGGAGAGGGGAGGGACUAAUCCAGAGCCUGAGAACAUUUCACUAGGAGGAACUUGUUCCAAGGAACUUGUUCCUACACAGAGAAUGGAACCCAGUUCUAGCCCUGGCAGCUUCUGGCACUUCAGGGACACAAGGGUUUAAAAAAAGCAUUUCCAUGCAAUUUCAACCAUGGUAUAAGCUUCUCUACUGAGACUUAAAUAUAUUCUAGGCUCAUUGGAUAAUUUAGCAGGAGCUUAUUAGUGGCUUAUGGAAUGAUGAGUCCUCUUCUCACUGCUCAAAACAUGUCUAUUCUCAUAUUCAUAUUAUGUAUUUUCCCUUCCUCUUGACCUAAUUCUACAGAGGUGUGGCUUCUCUACAUUUAGCUUGGAGGAACUCCAUAAUACAGUAUGUGCAGCUUAUAGGCAGCUCAGGCUGAAGUCCUAUGUACCUUCCAAAUGAGUAAAUCUAAAUGAACACAGUGGGACUUACUUCCAAUUCUGUGCUGAAAAAAUCAUAUUUUUUUUAAUGAAUGCCCUUACCUAGCCAUAUUUACUUAGAUUUAAUUAUCAUUGAUUUCAGUGGACCUUUAUCCAUCUAACAGUGCUGAAGGUUGUGGUCCUGUUGUACACUCCAUUUUAGUUUUUUCUACACCUUGAACUUUUAAGAUGCAGUUUGCAGUGGCUCACGGGAAUACUGUUCCCUUACAUUUCCAGUGGUCAGACAUGAGUGUUUUUGCUUAAGUAGCUAAAACUUUACCACCUGAGCACAAGGGAGAGGUGUCAGCAGGUUCAGGGGCAGCCCAAGUUUUGCAGAAGACAAAAGUGCUUUCUUUCUCAAGAGGUUAUAUGUGCCAAAUGAAAUACUACUACUUUUCUAAAGAGUAGAUGAUAUGUGCCAGAUACUAUUAGUUUCAAAAACCUAGAGUAGUCAUGUUGUCUGAACAUCUCAACUUUACCCCAGGAAUAAAGAGUAAAUUACAGUCAAAUCAGAGCCCAGCCAUUCUGAAUUCUGUGUGAUGCUUAAUAAUUGAAUCUAUGGGACAGAAAAAAACUAAACAGUUUAAACAUCAAGAACCGAUGUUUUGACAGAACUGAAGUAAUACUGCAACACAGCACACAUGUGUAUGUGAAAACACACAAAAGAUGUUGCAUAUGUGGUGUUUUGUGUGUGUACAUUAUCCCUCACCAGAUAAAAUUGUGUUCCCGUCACUGUUAAUAUUAGAGAUGACUGACCCUCAUCAGGAUACUACAAUUUCUUUCUUGCAACUCUUUGUUGGAAUCCAUUGCAAUGUAUAUAUGAUUGGGACCAGACCAUAGAAGGCAAUAUGUUCAGUACCCUCCACACCCUUCUGGCUUUCAAACAAUGUGAAAUAUUUAACAAAAGUAGUAAUCAGAAGCAGAUAAACAUCUUUUCAGGGGAAAGGAACAACAACAAAAAACAGAUGGGAGAAUUGUAGUCAGUUUUUUUCCACGCCAAUGGCCAAUAUCCCUAGUAACAACAACAAUCUAUGCAUAUAUUCUCUUUCCUUCAAUACAGCAGACUAGCUGAAGUGACUUUAAGAUAUACGUCUGUCAACUACCUUGCUGGGAAUUAGCUAUAAAGCAAAUUCACAUGUAAAGUAUAAGAAGAACCAAACUACCAUUUAUUUAUUUAUUUAUUUAUUUUAAAAGGUCUAAUGGAAAGUUUUGCCUACUUUACACUGAUAGAAGUUGGUCUAAUAAAAUAUCAUUUUACAUGCUCUUCUUUGCUAGAUAUUCCUAUAAAUGCUAUUCAGAUAAAUGUUAUAAAUAGUUGGUCUAUAUGCUGUCCUAUAAGUUCAGUAUGUUUACAAUUCUUAUUGCCCCAUUUCAAAGUGGAUAUUGUAGAGCUGUAAAAGAUUUAUUAUGUUUUUGUAUAUGCUGGAAGCUGCCCAGAGUGGCUGGGGCAACCUAAUCAGAUGGGCAGGGUACAAAUAAGAAGAAGAAGAAGAAGAAGAAGAAGAAGAAGAAGAAGAAGAAGAAGUGUGUAGUAAUUGGGACUUUUUAGUUUAGAAAAAGGGCAAGCAAGAGGGGACAUGAUAGAGAUUUAUAACAUCACGCAUGAUGUCGAGAAAGUGGAUAGAAAGAAACUGUUCUCAGGAAGCUGAGUGCUGGUUGUAGCCAAUGCUAGUCCUGCCCAGAGCAGACCCACUGAAAUUAAUGGACACAACUAAUAUCCAUGAAUUUCAAUGGGUCUACUCUGAGUAAGGGAUCCAACCCUAUUACUCAUCUAUUUGACAAAGGUGCUAGUCGCUGACUACUUUUGUAGUUUCAAAAUAACUUUGUAAUAUAUGUUUUCCCAUUGAUUGGGACUUCAUUAGUAUAAAUAAGUAAAUUAUAUCCUGAAAUGUACUGUGGUUAGAGUAGAUUGCUGUUACUAUAAUUUUGUCUCACGAGGCUGCUGAAAAAUUGCGCUUGAGAUUUUUAAGGGAAAGCUGAUUAUUGCUUUAAUUUUCAAGAAAUGUUCCAUAUGACUGUCUUCGGCCUGGAACAAGGAAGGUGUUUGCCAGGAAAGUGGUUACACAUCCUACAUGACGGAAAGUCUAAAUUGUUUGGACUCUGCCCAAUUUCUUUAAGUCAGCAAAGCAGAAACUCCCAUAAUGUGAAAGAAUAUUAUCAGCUGCUUUUUGUUCUGUUUUCCCAAGGUUGCCUAAAUUAUGGCAGAGUUAUAGUUGUGGGAUUUGGGGAGAAUGCAUUAAUCCAAACAAAUGGACAUAAAAUUUUUUUUUUUAAAGUAAUAUGAUUUUGGAACGUAAAAAAGAAAUAUAACAGGAUCUAGCAGCUAGUUCAUAAUGGCUUAGUUGGCACUGUUGGGAAUGCCGUACUUGGUAAAAUUUAUAUGAAACAUGACAUUAUUUCAAGGGCAAAAGAUGGAAACUUUGUUCUUUUUAUUAGUCCAAAUGAUCUAAGAAACCACUUUGUGAUUUGAUUAUGUUUAUCCUUUGUUUAGAAUAAUUCUUUAAAAACUGACACAAGCUCCACAGAGAUAAAUACAGUUCAGCUUCAUCUAUCCAAAAUCUGCAGAGCAUUCCAAACAAUUUAGGAUGUUCUGAAAGAGGGUUUGAUUAACAGGUUUACAUUUAGGCAAACGAGAAGGGCACAAAUAUAUUCUAAUAAGCAGAAAUUUUGGGUAAUGGGAGUUUGCACAAUGACAGAUAUACAAUGUUUAAUAUUUUCAGGGUAUAGCUUACACCAUUUCACAACCACUUUCGCAAAUUAGUUUUGGCAUCUUGCCUAGUGCUUUGUAGAUAAAUAUUACGUCCUGUUUAUAUUUAGUGAAUAUAAAUUACCAAAAUAACUACAACAAUGCUUCUUGCUGUCAAAGAGCAAUACAAGCCCAGUAUGGUGUAAUGGCUAGAGGGCUGGCUGGGAAGGCCCAAGUUCAAAUAGCUGUGAAGCUCAAUGGGAGGCCCUGAGGCUAAGUUGCCGAAUUUAUAAGGUUGUUGUAAGGGGGGAUACGGGAUGGAGAAUAGCAUGCAUGCAUCUUUCAGCUUCUUGGAGGAAGAAUGGGAUAAUAAUGUAAGUAAACAAGUCAUGGUGAACUAUGAGGCCAGGGUUUACAUCAUAAGCUUAGUAACACAGAGGGACAAAACUAGUUUGCAGAACAUUAAGUGGCUUCAUUGGACAGUUGCCAGAUCCACAAAUUGCUCAUUCCUUUAAAUGCUUUUUUAAGGGAGAGAGAAGGAAGCUGCUGUGUUCAACCAUGCCCGCUUCUGGCCUCUACCAUUUGCCAUGGUGAUGCUCAAAUAAGGUCCUCUUGAUGGGGAGAACAGGUGAGGGGAAUCAGGGUUGAAACAAGGGGUGAAGCGUAGAGGCUACACCCUUUCUCAGAGGGUUUAAAGGGGUGACAUCAUACUUCUUUACCAUUUAUCCACAUAAUUAGCUGCCCCCGGUGGGAAUUGGAAAAUUCACAAUGAAUUGAUAUCACAAUACAGGAGAGAAGAAGAGUCAGUAUGGUACAGUGUAUAGUAUAGACUAGAACAUGGGAAACCUGGGUUCAAAUCCCUGCUCAGCUAUGAAACUCAGUGGGGGACCCUGGGCCAGUCACAGUCUCUCAUGCCUUUCGCUCCUUGGAGGAAAGGGAGUACAGUGGUACCUCGGGUUACAGACACUUCUGGUUACAGUUGCUUCAGGUCACAAACUCCGCUGACCCAGAAAUAGUACCUCGGGUUAAGAACUUUGCUUCAGGAUGAGAACAGAUAUCGUGCAGCGGCGGCGGCGCAGCGGCAGCGGGAGGCCCCAUUAGCUAAAGUGGUGCUUCAGGUUAAGAACAGUUUCAGGUUAAGAACAGACCUCCAGAACGAAUUAAGUUCUUAACCUGAGUUACCGCUGUAUAUCAAUGAAACAAACAAAUUGACCCAAGGAUGCCAUUUUUGGUAGACGCUUUGUGUUGGGUGCAACACGGAGCGUCUACCAAAAAUGACAUCCCUGGGUCAAUUUGUUUCAUUGAUAACCUGCCAAUGUGGAAUUCUUUCUUCAAUGUUGUAUGGUGAGAGCAGGGCUUUUUUUCAGCCUGAACUCACUGGAACUCAGUUCUAACACCUCUCAGGUGGGCUUCAUUGUUCAUAAAAGAACGAGCGAGGUGUUCAUGGUGAGUUCCAGCACCUUUUUCUUCUUCUGGAAAAAUAGCACUGGAAGAGAGAGACUAGUUCUAACCAAAUCACUGCUUCCCAAAGGAUCCAGUCCCUGAAUAUUGUUCCGUACUCGCCACAUUUUAAGUAACACCCUAGGUUUCUUCCAAACUGUAAAUUUUUCUAGGCGAUGACAAAGGAAACUUUCAUGUUUCACCUCGAGCAGUCAGAGUCAAGUUUAUUUUGGCUGCACUGUGAUAGUCAAGAAAGAGAACAGAUUGUUGUUGAGCAUCGGUGCUCAAAUGUCUAUUAGAACAGCUAGCACAGAGUUUGGUAUGUGUCAGACUGAGUACAGCACCAUUUCUACACCCACGUGCUUUGUCUCACCUGAGGGUCCAUGAAGGCAACUUUAAUUUCAAGGAUUGUGAACGUUACUUCCAUUCCUCCAGACUCUGCAGUCCAGGUGUACGGCGUGCUUAAACCAAAUAGGGAAUCUCAGAUCAGGGGGGCCAAAUGCAACCUUCCAGGUCUCCCCCAUCUGGCCCACAGAACUCUCUGCAGGCCAUCUACCCUCUCCCUAAACCAUACCCCUCACUGGCUCUGCUAAUCCGCCUGAAUGUCUUUGCCUGGCUGCAAUGUGUCCUUGGACUCUGAUAAUGCCUCUGGCUUGUCUGCUUCUGUUCAUCAGACAGUGGCUUUUUCCACCUGCCUUGCCCCAACCUUAGGAGCCUUCCUCAGACCAUGUAUUUGAGAACUGCAGAAGCAGCUGGGAAGAGAGAAGAGGAGCUUGGGGAUAUUUUUUAAAAAAACAACAACAACACAAUUUUAUAAGUUGUGUGUCCUUGUUUCUCAAUUUGAUCCUUUUACAUGGUUUUGUGGUAUUUAAUGCAUUAUGACUUGCUGUUAUUUUUACUGAUUAUAGUUUAGUAAAAAAAAUUGUAUUGUAAUUGAUAAGUGUGAACCGUAUAAUAAUAAUAAUAAUAAUAAUAAUAAUAAUAAUAAUAAUAAUUUUAUUAUUUAUACCCCGCCCAUCUGGCUGAGUUCCCCAGCCACCCUGGGCGGCUUCCAAUCGAAUGUUAAAAACAACACAGCAUUAAAUAUUAAAAACUUCACUAAACAGGGCUGCUUUCAGAUGUCUUUUAAAGAUAGGAUAGCUGCUUAUUUCCUUCAUAUCUGAAGGGAGGGUGUUCCACAUGGUGGGCGCCACUACCGAGAAGGUCCUCUGUCUGGUUCCCUGUAACUUCACUUCUCGUAAUGAGGGAACUGUCAGAAGGCCCUCAGUGCUGGACCUCAGUGUCCGGGCUGAACGAUGGGGGUGGAGACACUCCUUCAGGUAUGCAGGACCGAGGCCAUUUAGGGCUUUAAAGGUCAGCACCAACACUUUGAAUUGUGCUCGGAAACGUACUGGGAGCCAAUGCAGAUCUCUCAGGACCGGUAUUAUGUGGUCCCAGCGGCCACUCCCAGUCACUCCCAGUCCCGGCAGCCACUCCCAGUCACUAGCUGCCGUAUUCUGGAUUAAUUGCAGUUUCCGGGUCACCUUCAAAGGUAGCCCCACGUAGAAUGUAUUGCAGUAGUCCAAGAGGGAGAUAACUACCGGUAAUUUAAUUUUACUGUUUAGUAUUAUGUUGAAUAUUGCUUUAUUUGAUAUAAGUUGUUUAUUUUAAAGUUAUUGUGACUUUUUCUGGUAUUGGAUCAGAUUGUUAUGAGGUGUGUGAUCUUUGCUGUCUGUUUUGUUGUUUCUUCAGCUUGUAAACCACCUUGUGUGUAGUAAUAUAGAAAGGCGGUAUACAAAUUAAAAGUGAAAUGAAAAAAUGAAAAGGGAUGGAGGGUAGGGAGGGUGUGUGUGUGUGUGUGUGUGUAGAAAGUAGCCUACUGUAGAAAGGUGAAAUUCACAUUUGUUGUUCCCACACACCCCCUUUGCCUCUGACCCUGCCCUCCACAGACAUGUUCCCCCCUGAAGGUUACCCAGAUUGGAAUGUGGCCCUCAUGCUAAACAUGAUCCUUAAAAAGGUAAAGGACCCCUGACAGUUAAGUCCAGUCACAGACAACUCUGAGGUUGUGGUACUCAUCUCGCUUUACUGCUGAGGGGGCUGACGUUUGUCCGCAGACAGUUUUUCCGGGUCAUGUGGCCAGCAUGACUAAGCCACUUCUGGCAAAUCAGAGCAGUGCACAGAAACGCCAUUUACCUUCCCGCCGGAGCGGUACCUAUUUAUCUACUUGCACUUUGACGUGCUUUCGAACUGCUAGGUUGGCAAGAGCUGGGACUGAACAAUGGGAGCUCACCCCGUCAUGGGGAUUCGAACCGCCGACCUUCCGAUCGGCAAGCCCUAGGCUCAGUGGUUUAGACUACAGCGCCAACUGUGUCCCUCCAACAUGUUCCUUACCCGUGGUUUAAGUUAUCACUAGCCCCUUACCAACCCACAGCUGACUUGCACAGGAAAAGUGCCCACUGUGUAGUUCACACAGUUGGCUUCCAACAUCUUCAGGGGAUGAUGGAAUUCUUCCCUUUCCCCAGGACACCUCACUUCCCUUUCCCAUGAACACAAGGUAUGGAAGAUCAUGCCUCAGAAUGACAUUCAUGUCAGCUGCUCCAACAGGAUUAUAGCAACAAUGUGAUGGGAAGGUCAGUUUAAACAUGUGCUGUGCUCUUCGUGUCACUGCAGUCCAAAUUGAAUCUAGAUGGAAAACCACAUACACAUUGUCCACUUCUCUCACCAGCACCUGACUAAGGGCCUUAGUUGAUAAGUUGUUGUUAUGUUGGCAUCCAUCUGUCUUGAGAGACAAUGGAGUGAGCCUCCAGGGAUGAAGUCAAGCUGCUGUGUUAGCAACACCAAAGCGACUUCCUCAAGGCGCAAGCCUGGGCAGUGUGUAUGGAGGUCCUGGGCUGCCCAGAUGACAACUCUUUGGCCUUGCUGAUGUGCUCCAAAGCAAAGCAGAGUUAUAUCUUUGUUAGCAGCUUAGCUUAGUUGCCAGCAGGAAGUGUACAAGGCACCAUCCAGUCAUCUUAGGAACUCCACUCCAGAUUUGUGUAGGGUUUUCUUCUCCAGAAGAGAUCCCGCAAGGCUCCGGAGGUUUAGGAUCAGAGUUUUCCAUCUCCUAGAUGGGCUACCUGCCCACCACCAACGUUGCAAACGUUAAUUUGUCAAGUUCUGUCCCUGAGUGAGCUUGUGGUUCUUGUUUGUUUUUCAGUUGUAAAUUACUGUGCUUUGAAUAACCAAGGCUGUCAACAUGAAUGCAUUAAUACUGAAGACUCCUACUACUGUCAAUGCCGCAAAGGGUUCAUUCUCAAUCCGGAUAAAAAAACCUGCAGGCGUAAGUUUUCCACAUCUAUGCUCAGUUCUUUCAGAUAGUAGCACACAGGUGCAUACAGUCUGUUGUAAGGGGAAGUGCCACAGUUCCACCAUCUGUUUUGCAUGCAGGAGGUCCUGGCUACAGUCCAUGGCAUCUCCAAUGAAAAGGAUCUCAGGUUGCAGAUAUUCUAGAAGGGCCAUUCCUAGUAGGUGAACUGGCCUAGAUGAAGUACUGCCGUAAUGUGCAAUUAACAACACACUUUAGUACAUGUGCCUAUAUGAUACAGGUGGCAGAAAGCAUGGUUUCAUGUUGGGGGAAAUAGGAGGAAGAGAGUGUUGCCCAACUGAGCCUACUCCUUUGCCACCGCUCCUGGCAGUCAAAAGAAAGCAGGGUGGAAGGAAGGGAGAAGAGUCUUGUGCUGGGUCCAAGGAAAGAAGCCAGGCUGACCAGUUGGACGGCCGGUGGAGUAGCAGCAGCAUCAGGAAGAGGAGGAAGGGGGAAGGAGGCAACAGGGCCACUGCCAUCCUUGCCAUGGGAGGUUGCGACUCUCCAGGCUGGCAGACCCCUAGCCACCCAUCCAGCUGGCCAUGUCAAAUAAAAACAAGGAGAAAGUGAGCUAGGUCAGGCCUGAAGAGAAGACAGCGGCUGGAGGAGACCCUGGGCAGGAGCAGGCCCUGAAGGUCGUGGGAAAGGGUGUAGCUCAGCGGUUCUGAAACCUGUGGGUCCCCAGAUGUUGUUGGACUACAACUCCCAUCAUCCCUGACCACUGUUCAUACUGGCUAGGAAUGAUGGGAGUUGUAGUCCAAAAACAUCUGGGUACCAGCUGGUGGGGUGCAGGCCGGCCUCUGGGGGGCUGGAGUUUAAGAGGUAGCAGGGGCAAGGAGAUUAUGGGGGUCAUAGGUGGGCAUUGGAGCUAGCUGGGCUUCAGGGAGGGGUUGUCUGUAUCAUGGAAAACUUUAAUAAAAAUAUUAAUGUGCAAAAAAAACAAAAAAAGCCCCUCCUGGCAGUGAUACUGAUGUAGACUAGAAGGUCACUAUUUUCAUCUGCAGAAUGUUGGGGUUAUGGGUCCAACAAGACCAAUUAGAUGUAUUCUGUUCCCAUUAGUGGCUGGCAGGGUUGCAUGGCUGGGGCUGUAUCGUUUUCUGGACCUCCUAACCCCUCAGGCUGCUGCCAGUUAUUGAGAGGGCAGGACAAAGCAAAGCAGCACUGACCUCAACAUGGUGUAGAUGCAGCUUUGGGAGUGUCCGACUGGCCUGCGGUUUGCUUCUGUCCCCAGAUUUAUAAAGAUUUUCUUCAAUUUUCUGUGAAAAACUAAUGUUCUUCUUAUAGUCACAUCUCUGGCUGAAGCCUUUAUUUUUGAUUACAGUCUGCUCACUUUGUGUACUACUUCUGUUACUUUAAUAAUUCCCCCCUCCCUCCCAAUCUUCAGGACCAGACUACUGUGCAAUGCAAAAUCAUGGCUGCCAGCAGGAGUGUGUCAAUACAGAUGAAUCCUAUUACUGCCGAUGCCAGCAAGGGUUUACUCUCAAUCCAGAUAAGAGAACGUGCAAAAGUAUGUUGUCCUAAAGUGUAUAGUAAGUUCAUCUGUUUUUACUUCUCAACAUCACCGUCACAGCUUUCUUUUAGUUCCUUUUUGCCGUUUUGAGGUGUAACUUUUGAACAUGACUUUGAAAACCACCUCCUCCUUAUGUCUUCAUUAUAAUUCCUAAAAUCAACCAACCAAUCCGCCACGCACAUAGAAAUAUCUCUGUGCCAACUUAAAGCAGCACAUGUGCAUUAAGAAGCGGUUCCAUGACGUUCUGCCAAAACACCAUCCCUAAGCCUCUUUAAAAACCAGUAUGAAACUUAGAAGUUGCACUGACUUUUGGUGGCUGGUUUGCAUGGAGGAUUUUGCAUGUUACCUUUUUAACUUUAUGUUUAUAUAUGACAAUAGUGCAAAGUUUAUUUGACUAUAUUCCCAGAAACAACCAGAGCCAUGCAUUUUGGAGAACAACACUUACACAAAGAAACUGAUGAAACCACCCUAAGAGGCAGAAUUGCAUCUAAGGUUGAAUGGUAGGCUCUGUCAGGGGCUUGUCCUACACUCAAGUAGGACCCUGGUAGAGACACAUGCCCGACUGGCAUGUUCUCUCCCUCCUGGUUGAUUGUUCGGGAGCUUCAAAAGCUUUCUUCAGCCCGAACAUCACAGCGACUGAUGCCAACAGACAUCGGCACACUUAGGGAUCCGUAGAGUGUUUGCAGCUUGCAUAACAGAACUCAGCAACUCAGCACGUUGGCUAAUCUACUUUAUUUACAUAUAAACACACACGGAGAACUGCAACAUGGCUCCCUCUCUUUGUAGCAUCAGACAACAAAGAGAAUGAACAAAGGACAAUAGUCCCACUUCACGGAACACAGUAACACAAACAUCCUUCUCCGUCACUUCCCACUCUGUGGAGUCACAUAUACCGUCAUGUGAUAGACAACAAUCCCAUGAAUGCCAUCAUGGAGCAGGAAUUCUAACAGGCUCUUGGUAGGGGGCAGCCAGAUGGAACCCCAAGAGCCAGCAGCAUACAUCAUGGAGAGAAGGCAGCACUCACCUGACCUCCAGUCAGCAACAUUGCUACUGCUGCUUACUGAGAGGUUGAGGAGGAAGGGAGAGGUUGGUGUGGUGGAGCCUAUCUGGCACUCCCAUUUGUGUGUUUGUACCAUGCCUUCCUAGAGGGACACAGGUGGCGCUGUAGUUUAAACCACAGAGUCUAGGACUUGCCGAUCAGAAGGUCGGCGGUUCGAAUCCCCGCGAUGGGGUGAGCUCCCGUUGCUCAGUCCCUGCUCCUGCCAACCUAGCAGUUCGAAAGCACAUCAAAGUGCAAGUAGAUAAAUAGGUACCGCUCCGGCGGGAAGGUAAAUAGCGUUUCCAUGCACUGCUCUGGUUCACCAGAAGUGACUUAGUUAUGCUAUGCUGGCCACAUGACCCGGAAGCUGUACGCCGGCUCCCUUGGCCAAUAAAGCGAGAUGAGCGCCGCAACCCCAGAGUCGGCCACGACUGGAUCUAAUGGUCAGGGGUCCCUUCCUUACUGCCACCUUGCCUGUAAGCAGCAGCAGCACGACAGGUGGGAGGUCAGAUGAGCACUGUAGCCCCAUCACACCAUCCACUACUGCCAACAGUUAAAGUUGCAGACCCUGUUUUAGUUUUCCCAAAAUGAAAUGCAAUUCAAAUUAUUCCUGCAAAGUAGAACAAACGAGCAUGGCAGUCCCCAUGUUUGUUUGUUUUUGGCAAACCAUGGUUUGUCACCUUCCCCCCACAAUGCACCACAUCAAAAACGAAAUUUUGUGGGGCAUUGCAUUUUAGGAAAAAUAAGAUGGCAGGUGCAGUAGGCAAUGUCAUCACAUCAUUGGGUUUCAGCAGGUGUUCUGCUGGGUAUGCUAAGCAGUGAUGCUGGACCUGCUAAAAUCAGCCAAGAACUCUACAUAAACAAACCAUAUCAAGUGCAAUACACACAGAUAUUUUCUGCAAUAGCCAAAUAUUUUGAACGGUCUUGUCCUCCUGAUACUGUCUCUUGCAUAUGCAAACAGUCCUAGUGAAUUCUUAAUUUUGCUUUUGGUGUCUAGCACCAAACUGGAAGGUGAGUGUUUUUAAUGGUUUUACAUGAUGGUUCUUAGGUAUUAUUUUUAAACGAUUAUGUUCCAGCAUUGUUACAUUACAUGUUUUCCUUCCCCUCCCACAGGAAUAAAUGUCUGUGCUUUGGGAAAGCAUGGCUGUGAACAUGAAUGUGUUAACACAGAAGACGGGUAUACUUGCAGAUGUCGAGCCGGAUACACUCUGAACCGUGACCGCAAAACAUGCAGAAGUGAGUAUGUCAGACAUUCUGGUGGAGUUAAUCUGUAUACUGGACAGAGUUCUGAAGCAAACUUAUGCUACAGAUCUCCUCAGGCUUUUAUAAAUAUGGGCUUUUGCAAAGCUAGCAAGAUUCAACAUAAGCUGAGAUAAUGCCAGCAUGUGAUUUAAAUAUAUUUCUUUAACAAACAAACUUGCUGCAAAGUUCUAGAAAGAGGAAUAGCUUACUGCUGGAUGUAUUUUAGGUCCUUAUCUUAGAAAGUGUAGAUAAUAACUAAAACAAUGAGAGCACACAGUGUGUGUGUUUUGUUACUGGUUCUGGGCCUCUCUGUUUCCUUGCUUUAGGCAUCUCUUACGCAAAAAAAUGAGUUAUUGAUUUAUUUUUGCAACUCCACAUAUUAAGUAGUUGUCCACAUGGCACUUAAACUAUGGAAUUCACUCCCAGUAGAAGUAGCUUGGAUAGCUUUAAAAGGGAAGUAGACAAAUUCAUGGAGAUUAAGAUUAUCAGUUGCUGUUCGCCAUGAAGGCUGUAUUCUGUCUCUGCUGUAAGGGGCAAUAUGAUUUGGACUGCCAAGCUGCUAAGAAUCACAAGUGGGAGUGCUCUGUUGCAACCAGGUUCUGCUUUUGAGCUUCCACUGGGCAUCUGAUUGGCCAGUGUAAGAACAGGAUGUUGAACUAGAUGGGCCUUGGCCUGAUCCAGCAGUGUGAUGUCGUACGUCAGUGUCGCAUGUGUGAUGUCACACGCAUGCGACGAGCCACUCCCCCACCCCAUGUCACGCGAAACAUGGCGCCUCUGAAGUCAGGAUAUCUAUCAUCUGUCCAAAAGUCUCUUUAAAAAAAAAGGUAAAUGCAGCUGCAGGAGGGGUAGAAUUAGGAUCAGGACUAUAGCACUAAGGAUAAGAUUUUUAAUCCUUUCUCCCUGUAACAUUUUCCUGAUGCAAAAUCUGCCCCCAGACUGCUAUUUGCUCUGCAGGAGAAAACCUAUAGGUUCCUCCAUGGUACCACGAGUUUCCACCCUGAACCAACAGAAGCUUCAGGGAGGCAAUUCAUAUUGAGAAAAUGGUACACAGAAGCAGGGUUUGUUUUUUUAAAAAAAACACACCCAAAAAACCUCUUCUCAACACUAGGUACAUGUCAAACCACAAUCUCCUUCUUGUGGCUUUAUUUACCACUAAAAACGCAGGAAAUCUGAUCACAGAUCCCCUGGUGUCCUUUCCGGUUUGGCCCUGAAAAGUCGGGUCAUGCAAGUGAAUAGCCUCUACUAUAGUCAUAGAAAUCAAAGAGGGUGUUCCCUUGCAUGUAGCGUGAGCUCAUAUAAUGCACUUUUCCAUCCCAUUCCUGUACUUGGGCACAGUCUGGCGGGAUUGUGCAGACUGUUUGCCUAUUUGAAAUGGUUCUAAGAGUGAGCUAUAAAAAUAGCAAAGAAUGUCUGCUAGCAGAAAGUUAAUAGAGGAGUUUGUUUGAAAAGGGGAUUUCUUCCCUUCUCUCUCUCUCCCUCUCUCUCUUGGAUCUAUUUUCCCCCCAGGAAAAAAAAGUGUUUUGCUCUGUACUGCCAGAGCCAGCAUAGAGAGAAAUGUACAUUCAUAAAAGCACGUAUCAGCUGCACCUCCCAGUUGUUCCUUCGCAUGAGAAACAAACAGUCCAGGCUUUAGACCUUAACAAAUCCUCUGUUGCAUGUAUAUCUGGCAUUCUCUCUCCUCUGUUAGGAAGUUCCCCUGCAACAGCUGAGCAGUCACGCUAAUUUGCAAAAUGGUGAUGUUAGGUUUCCUCAUUUCAUAUGAUUAAAUUAUAAUUCUGCUACACAGUUAAUCCUAAAGAUUUCACUGUGAAUGUCACAUUGUGGUGACUUUACCAAGUAUGACUUCUACUCAAAAAAUGUAAACAGUAGUCCAGUCCACCAUCCACCUCAGUGUAAGGGAGGUUUGGAUUGCUUUGUUAAUAUAAUUGAGUACACUUGAUCAGAUGUUCCCUCAGUUUUCAGGUAUACAGUUGCUGAACGUUUAGGCUCCUGAACGAUCAAAAACGUGAAGUGAGUGUUCUAGUUUUCAAAUGUUUCUUUGGAAGCCGAACGUCCGCUGUGGCUUCCAAUUGGCUGCAGGAGCUGCAGCCAAUCAGAAGCCCGCACUUUGGUUUCCAAACAUUUUGAAGUCAAAUAGACUUCUGGAAUGGAUUCCGUUCGACUUCCAAGGUACAACUGUGGGGGGGGGGGGUUAAAAAAAUGGAGUCAUGUGACAUUGAAAUGCAGAAAGUACAGUCUGUGUCCAUUCUGUGCAAAGUUUUAACAAAGUCACAGUUUACAAUGGUGGGCUUUGCUGAUGGUUGUUACUUGCAUAUUUUUCACUUCUGCACUUUAAAAAUGCUUUAACAUUCUAAUGCAUUCUUUGCCAUUGCUGAUACGUAACAAUCCAGGAAAAGACCACUGUGCAGAGUCCAACCAUGGCUGUGAGCAUCUGUGCCUGAACACCAAAGACUCUUACAUUUGCCAGUGUUCCGAAGGUUUUAUCAUUAAUGAGGAUCUAAAGACCUGUUCACGUAAGUCUGUUGAUUUGGUUAUUGCUUAUAAUGAGAGAAAAACAAGGUGGGUUAAAGUGCUGAAUUUUCUUAUUUUGUUCUGAAAGGCAAUUUUGAGGAAAACUCGAGAUUAUAGCAUGCACUCAGGUUUUUUGGGAAUGCAUAAUUAAAGCAGACAGAUUGGAAUCUUGAGCCAAUAAACAAAAACAAAGCUUUAUAGUCCCAUAUUCCAAGCUAGCCCUUUAAAAUUGAUAGUGACAUUCCCUGUUAUUUUCAUGUGUUCCAUAUCGCACCACCCUUUACUUCUGUUAGUUAGGCAAUUCUCAGUAGGCUGCUAGUGGGGCCAGGCAUAAUACACCUUUUUGUUUUUGUUUUAACCCACUGUUUUAUCUGAGUCCGAUGUAUUGGAAGACUUGUAUCUUUAAAAAACAACAAAAGCAUGCAUGCAAAGGUAAACAACACCUGCGUGUAUGCCCACGAUGGAUUCCAGGUUUGUGGAACUCAGGGUGGGUGGGUUAGUACUAACUGAGGGGAAGGGGAAACAGCACACAGUGUGAAUACACCCCAUCAAGCAAACCCUACCUGUGUGGAUAGGGGAAAAUGAGACAGAAUUCAGUUGAAAAUCCUCAUGUGUAGAUGAACUUGCACAAGGAAAAAACAAAUAUGCACAACUUAUAUGUGCAUUAACACUUUGGUGUGUACACAGCCUAAAUUUUAAAAGGAGGGAGGGCCCUUUGGACCAUCCCUUAACGAUUCCCCAUGUCACGAGUAAUGAGUGAUAAUAACUUCCCUUUCCCCACUCAGUUAAUUUUGAGAAUCUUUGGGUGGUAUUCAACUAUGUUUUACUUAGAGUAGACCCAUUGAAAGUAAUGGACCUAACUAAGGGCUUGCCCACGCUUCCGCUUGAGCUGUGCCUAGAAAGCACAGGGCUGAGUGGUUUUCCCCUUGACCCACUCCUUUCCCAGGGAAACCUGCUCUUUAGCUCUAAAUCAGAACAAACAGCAAGACUGGAAAACCUGACUGCUAUUUGCUCUGAUUGAGCACCAAAGAGCAGUUUUCCCCAGAUGGGAAAGCAGCAAGACAACAGGAAAUGUGGCUAAAUCCUUAGUUAUGUUCAUUAGCUUUGAUGGGUCUACUCUCUCUGAGUAAAACAGUUUAAUAUCAGCCAGUCUUUUUCCUACAUAAAAGUAAAAUCAAGGAAUGUGACCAUCGGCAUGACAACAGUGUUAAGCAGCCAUUCAUCAUUAUGGUACUACUGGUACUUGAUGAAGGUUAGCAGAAAUAUGUAGUUUUAAGAUAACUACCUGGUAUGUUUGUAAUCAUAUGGCAACACCCUGUGGUUGAGCAGUUAAAACAGAAACUUGGAUGCUGUGGCUUGAAAGGAAAAACUGAAAAUUAAGGGGAAUAACACUUUAGUACUAGCUAUUCUAACCCAGCCCUAGGUGUCUGUUUGAAUCCAGAGUAGCCAAAAAAGCAACAGGCUUUCUGAAAUAGUUUUAUCAACCUACCAAUGGAAAGAGUUCUUUCCUGGGUAACAGGAGAAAUGUUUAUCCUUUAUGGAGUUUUAUUUUCCUCCGGGCAGCACUUGGGAUUUCCAUCAAAAGCUCUAAAAUUUUAUAUUUGCUACUCAACUCCUGUGUGUAAAGUUCUCAUUUUAUGGCUUUUCCUUCUGGAGAGUCUUACUUCCCAAUUUGCCUUGCUUAUUAUUUAGAAACAGGCAAUACAUCUUUUGUGCUGCUAGGAAAUCUCAUGGGUUAUAUUACUCAAUUGACCUGAAGUUUAACAGUUGCUUAAAUCAACAGCAGAGGAAAGAGCCCAAGACACUACACUCAUUCUAGUUCUAAUACAAAGCACUUGAGAAAUAAGUGGCUAUAGCCUCUUGUACAAGCAAAGAAUUAUUCAGUAUUGGCGGCUAAUUAGCCUUUUUGUGACCCACCGUUGUCUCCCAAGAGAGACGGAUGCCAACAAAUUUCUGUUAUGUUUUUAUUUAUGUAUCUUUUUUCAAUAGGUUGUAAGCCACCUUCAGCGUGGCUUUAAAUUUGGAAAAGUGCCAUACAAAUAAAAUGAUUGAUUGGUCUAAUUACCAAGCGGUGCUUUCAAUCACAGGGAGCCAAUGUAGUGCCCACCAGAUAUUGUUGGACUGCAACUUCCUGAACAAUGGCCAUGCUGGCUCAAGGGAGCUGUGGUCGAGUAUCCUCUAGAGCAGUGUUCCCCAACCUUGGGCCUCCAGCUGUUUUUGGACUACAAUUCCCAUCAUCCUUGACCACUGGUCUUGCUAGCGAGGGAUGAUGGGAGUUGUAGUCCAAAAACAGCUGGAGGCCCAAGGUUGGGGAACACUGCUCUAGAGGACUCCACAUUGUCAAUUCUCCCUGCUUUAAAUGCACAGGAACUCCAGAUACACAUUGGAGUACACAAGCUAGAGUCAUAGGGUCCAUUGGUCUGCUCUUGGUGGUGUGGCACUAAGUGAAAGUGCAUACGUCCUUGGGCAAGGGGUGUUUACUUUCAUUCUGUGCACAGGAGACUAAAUCUGUCAACUCUUUAGAAACUUCCUCGGUUAUUAUCCUGUUUGCCCUGCCUUCAUUUCCCUCCACUUCCUCUGUUGUUUCCUUUGCCUGUUUUCAAGUUCCCUGGGUGUCAGGACUCUUCUUUACAAAUACAUAAUAAUAAUUGCAACUUUUUUAUUCCCAGGAGUGGACUAUUGCUUGCUGAACGACCACAACUGUGAACAUUUGUGUGUAAAUAGUGAAAGAUCUUAUGCCUGUCAGUGCUUUGAAGGAUAUGUGCUGCGUGGGGAUGGGAAAACUUGCAAACGUAAGUUUGUUUUCCCCAACCUAGUUCACUUAUUUUCUCAUAUAUAUAUAUAUAUAGAGAGAGAGAGAGAGAGAGAGAUGUAUGGAAGUGAGAGCUGGACCAUAAAGAAGGCUGAUCGCCAAAGAAUUGAUGCUUUUGAAUUAUGGUGCUGGAGGAGACUCUUGAGAGUCCCAUGGACUGCAAGAAGAUCAAACCUCUCCAUUCUUAAGGAAAUCAGCCCUGAGUGCUCAUUGGAAGGACAGAUCGUGAAGCUGAGAUGCCAAUACUUUGGCCACCUCAUGAGAAGAGAAGACUCCCUGGAAAAGACCCUGAUGUUGGGAAAGAUGGAGGGCACAAGAAGAAGGGGACGACAGAGGACGAGAUGGUUGGAUAGUGUUCUUGAAGCUACCAGCAUGAGUUUGACCAAACUGCGGGAGGUAGUGGAAGACAGGAGUGCCUGGCGUGCUCUGGUCCAUGGGGUCACGAAGAGUCGGACACGACUAAACAGCAACAACUAUAUAUAUAGGUUAACAGAUAAAUAAAAAUUGCCAAUUGUUAUUACUGUGAAUAACAUAGUUACAGAAUUACCCAUGGGGGGGAUGUUUUCAGACUUCACUAGUAGAUUUAAGCAGUAUUGUGUAGUAUGAUGAUUGUUGAGCUUGAACCAAAGUUCAAAUGAGUUAUUAUGAGAGGGAGCUUGGGGAAGCAGAGCCAAAGGUUUUAUAGUCUUCAUGUUGACUCAUAGGGCGAUCAUGUGGCGUUACAAAAGAAACGAAUUGUCUGUUUCCAGGUAGAGAUGUCUGUAGAUCUGUCGACCAUGGAUGUGAGCACCUUUGUGUCAGUGAUGGCAUUUCCUAUGCCUGCAAGUGCCACGAGGAAUUCAUACUGAGCGAAGAUGGGAAGACCUGCAGAAGUAAGCAAGCACUCCUUAAUGGGCUAUUCAUUCUGAAGGCUCUGGUUUCAGAGGCUGGGAGUGCUGUUUCAGCGCUUCCCUCCCUGCAGCUCAGGUGUGUGCUAUGCUAUAGCUCAUCUUUGUCUACUGAACUAACUGGGUGUGGCAGGUGGAGGACCAGUGAGGGCUGUAGAGAUAUUUCCUGCUGCUAUCUCAUGUUGAAUCCAUGGACAUCCAAGGGCAUAUAGCCCUGAUCUCUAGGUCUCCUUAGGCAUGAUGAGAGUGGUCUCAUGCUUCUGCUGUCUUGCUGGAGCUUGCACAUCUUUCCACCGGGGGAAAUGCAUGGGUUUCCUUUUUGUAUUUUAUAAGAAGCUGCAGAAAGUGGAAAUGUGAGUACAUUUGCCCAUAUCAUUUCCCCAAAUUUCUUGUGACGUGCAAUGAAGUCCUCAGCAAAUUUGAGAUUGUGUCUCAAAGAGCAUCUCUGACUAGCACAUGGCUCGUUGCAUGCUACUUCUGAAGCAGGCUUGCAGCCCCCUAAUAGAGCUGGGGAGGUCGUGGAGAGCUCACUUGGAAGCUUGUAGGCAGGAUUCUGCUAGAUGGUGGUCUACCAGUUCACUGUUUCUAAUCUAAAGUCUCCAUUGAGAAAUAUGUCCUCAAAUCAGUUGGCUGUGGCUGUGUUUGUGCUAAUAAAUACAGCAUCACUUAUAUCUGCAAUACCAGGAAGCAUGCAUACUAAAGGAGGAUGUGAAAACCUGAACCAAUUACACAGUGAAAAGUGGGCUCAUAAUUGUCAUGUGAAUUCAUUUUGGCAAUUGUGCGAAAGCAGGAUGUGAUCUGAGUUUCAUUUCAUCUUUGCAAUAUUGCUCAUUCUACCUUUGCAUUUAUUUCAUCUGGAAAACUUAUUAAUUAUGAAAAUUAUCAUUAGGUAAAGACCUCUGUAAAUCGGUUGAUCAUGGCUGUGAGCACCUGUGUGUCAACAGUGGAUACUCCUAUGUCUGCAAGUGCCACGAUGGAUUUGUAUUAAGAGAUGAUGGGAAGACAUGCAGAAGUAAGCAGCUCAGUCUUGAUCAAAUGAUGGUUAUUGUAAAUCUGUUCCAUCUGUUUUAAUCAGCAAACUCUUAACUAUACUCAGAUCAAGAUGUCUGCAAAUCUGUUGACCACGGAUGCGAACAUGUCUGUGUUAGUAAUGGGGAUUCAUAUACCUGCAAGUGCCAUGAGGGAUUUCUAUUAAAGCAAGAUGGGAAAAUGUGUGGAAGUAAGUAAUUUGAUUAUUCCUCCUAUCAAAUGAAUUGUUGUUGUUUUUUGAAGCUGUUGUUUCACUUGCAGAAACACGGGCCCAGUUCACAUGCAACCGUGCUGCUACUCCAGCACACUCAAAAAGAGAUUAGAGGCAUUUGCUUCUGGGCUAUACUAACCAUAGUUUGACAUUUUUAUUUAUUAUUUUUCCUUUAUUUCUGUCUCCCCUUCUUCCCAAAUGAGCCCAGAGUGCAAACAAUCAAGCAGUUAAAACAAUACAUUUAAAUAAAAUAAACAUUUAAAAGCAUUAAGAACACCUAAAAAAAUUUAAAAACAUGCCUUCACAACCAAUAAUUUCAAGAUUGCCAGGAUUUCAGUUUCAAAUGGCUAGGUGAACAGAAACGUUUUUAAUUUCCCCUUGAAUGUUAAUAAUGAGGGAGGGCAUUCCACAAAAGGGAUACCACCACAGAGAAGACCCUGUGAUGUCUGACAAGGUCAAUCUGUCUUUAGUUUAAGCUAUGGUGUAUUAAAACAAGCCAAUAUUAAAGUAUGGUUUCUGAUUCUGGCUUGUUCCAGUAAAGCAUAGUUUAAAUGAUGCAAUCGUGGUUCAGACAUUAACAAUGCACUUUAAACAAUGCAGUUUAAACCAGGAAGAAUGUUUUCAGUCUGCCUCUUUAGUACAUGCUGGUUGGGAGGUCAAAUAGAGUUAGGAAGAUGAGUGAAGCAUCAGGUUAGGAAGAUGAGGCCAGCCAGCCAGGCUCAGCUCCCUGUUUCUUUGAGGCCCUAGGCUGUGAAGAUUAAAAUAUGUGAAGCACCUGACCUGACUAUUCUACAGUCUUUGUACUUACCAAUAAAAUUUUGAUAAACAACCAAGUAUUCUAAUUUGUUUUCAGCCAAAGACUUUUGCAAGACCAUCGACCAUGGCUGUGAACAUGUUUGCAUGAAUAAUAACAAUUCAUACUCCUGCAAAUGCCAUGAGGGAUUCAUACUGGAAGAGAAUGGGAAGACAUGCAGAAGUAAGUCACCAGAUCUUUAGUCUUUGUUUCGUUCUUCAGAUGUCCUUUGAUUCUUAAUGGAAAGAAUCCAGCACUGUAAAAGUGCUAUAAAAUCUGAGGUCAUGAAAGCUGGAAAAUGUGUUUAAGAAAAUACAGAGUAUUCUAGGAACCAACAGUAGGAGCCAACAAGAGGAAACAAUAAGUGGCCUUCCUUUGGAAUCAAUAAACAUCUACAAUUCUUUUGCAGCACUGGGAAUAGGACUGUUCCAACUCAGAUAUUUUGCAGUAUGAAAAGUGACAGUCCUCUUAAUGCUGCACUCAGGUGACCCGACCCCCCCCCCCCCCCGGCCUCCUGCGUAUUCAGGGUUGUGCCUUGUUAGGCUGGUAGGGUUGCAAAGUGGAUAGGCUAUUGGGUUAGGACUAAAGACACCCUGGUUCAAAUCCCAACUCAGCUUGAACCUCACUAGAUGAUUAUGGACCAUUCUGCCUAACCCACUUGUGGGACAAGAUACUUUUUCUUCUGCUUUUGGAACAGAAAUCUUCUCAUACUACAGGAGCUGAGGGAUCCAGUCUGGUUUACCUUGCCUGGCGAAUCCAGCUAAUCUCUUAGUCAAGGCCUUUCCAAGUCCUGUCUGACUUUUAAAACUGACAGGUUAUAUCUUGACUGGCUGACACUUCGCCCAGCCCUGUUCGGCUGAAGGAUCUCCAGAGAUAUGACUCAAGUCUAUCAGUCACAAUUACAAAUUGAAGGUUCCCUAACAUCAAAGAUGGCAGGAUAGUCUGUGCUCAUAUGGAACACAAUGUGUGUCGUGUAAACAGGAGCAUAUAUGUGCACGUUUCAGGCAUCAGAUUUGGAUAGUUGCUUUUACCAUCCACUUCUUUAUUCUGGACAGAAUGUAUGUAUGUCAGUUUCUGAAAGAGAUGGCAACCGACUUUAUUGGUUACAAGAAAUAAAUCCUAGUUGUGUGCCCACAUGAACACUGUGCUGCCUGUAUUUUAAUCUGUCUGUGUUCAAUUGCAAAUAACCUUUCUUCUUACAACAUUCUCAGUUAUGUCUGAAAUAUGACAGAAAGCUGGGCUGAUUUCUCCUUUUUAAUUUAUUUGCUGUCAGUAUGGGAUUUUCAGAAUGGAAUAAAAGAUCUUUAUUCACCCUUAGGUGAUACACUGAGUUUAUUUCACUGUGCUACUGUUUUUAUGUUGCUGUUUUAUGUUCGUUCAUUGUGUUUCCAACCCCCCCCCCCGGUUUUUCUUUUAUUUAUUCAUUCUUCCUUUCCCAUUUUAUUUCCAAAGGAUGCACUGAAGGCCCAGUUGAUCUCGUGUUUGUGAUAGAUGGAUCAAAAAGUCUGGGAGAGAACAAUUUUGAAAUUGUCAAAGAGUUUGUUUUGGGAAUCUUGGACACUCUCACUAUAUCUCCCAAAGCUUCACAAGUUGGUUUGAUACAAUAUUCUACUCAGGUUCGCACCGAAUUCACACUGAAACAAUUCAGCACCGCCAAAGACAUGAAGAAAGCAGUGUCUCAAAUUAAAUAUAUGGGGAAAGGUUCCAUGACUGGACUUGCCCUGAAGCAGAUGGUUGAGAGAAGCUUCACAGAAGCAGAGGGCGCCAGACGCUUGUCAGCAAAAGUUCCCCGAGUGUCUAUUGUGUUUACAGAUGGACGGGCCCAAGAUGAAGUUUCUGAAUGGGCUGCUAAAGCAAAGCAAAAGGGUAUGAUGGGAGUAUACUUACAAUUAUAAACAGGAAUUCUGCGAAAGUGCUAGUUACCCGUGUGUAUUUGCACCGUAACUAUACAGGCAAUGACCACUUUGCCCGGGAGUUGCAUUCUUGACACCUGUGCAGAGCAUUUGUGAGCCCUAAAUGCACCUAAAAUGGUUAACAUGGUUGUUGCCUGUAUAUACAGUUUAUUGUGUGCUUGCACCAAAGAGGUGAUCCUGCAGAGUGUCUGAGGUAGGGGCUGGGGAGAAGUUCGAUUCAGUUCACAUUUUAAAGGCCAAUCUACCAAAUUCAGAUUUUCCAAAACAAUAUGAGAACUGAAACACAGGUAUCAUUCAAAAUUUGCACUUAUCUGAAUUUUGUGAUGCAGGGUUUCAACCAAACAGAAGUUUACAAAAUUGCAUGUGUGCAUUAAAAUGUUAUUGGUAAAAAUAACUUUAAAAAUGCGCACCUGUAAAAAAUAUUAUUAGGAGAAAUGUGCACCAGUAUGCGGGAGAACUUUCAUAACAAUUUAUAAUUAGGAAAAAUGAAAGAGAGAGAACUGAAAUGGAUGAAUCCUUCCACCCCAAGUCUUAGGGUCAUCUCUGACCACUGGUCCUGCUAACUAGGGAUGAUGGGAGUUGUAGUCCAACAACAUCUAGGGACCCAAGGUUGAGAAAAGCUUCUUUAAGCAAUGAAAAUGUGGAAGCAUCCAUGGAUAUAUUUUUUUGUACACCAGAGUUCUUGAGACAAGAGCAGGCAUCCCCAACCUGCGGCCCUCCAAAUGUUUUGGCCUACAACUCCCACAAUCCCUAGCUAACAGGACCAGUGGUCAGGGAUGAAGGGAAAUAUAGUCCAAAACAUCUGGAGGGCCUAAGGUUGAGGAUGUCUGGACUAAAGUUUCCAGAUUGAAAGCCAGCAUAUAUGCAUAUGCCUUUCAAUUUUUCAGUGGUACAUAGCACUAAAUCACAAUUCCUCAUUGCAGGCAAACUUGGAGUAAUCUGGUUCAUUCAAACAAUGGUUUGUCCAUAGCUUAAACCAGGCAUAGGCAAACUCACCCCUCCAGAUGUUUUGGGACAACUCCCAUCAUCCCUAACCACUGGUCCUGUUAGCUAGGGAUCAUGGGAGUUGUAGUCCCAAAAGAUCUGGAGGGCUGAGUUUGCCUAUGCCUGGCUUAAAUUAACCAAAGCUCCUAGUUGUCAGUUGUAAAGGGGAACUUGAGUUGAUUUAAAGGCAGUUGAAAAAACCUGAUCUCCUCUUGGCUGUGUGAGAGAAGGGAAGGGACAUGAGGCCAAAGCUCAUCAUUCCUUGCUUCUGUAGUACUAAGCUAUAGUUUAGCAUUACAACAUGACAGGAGAUAAGCCACAGGUUCUGCUCCCCACCCCUUCCUCAGCCCUGCUAUACAUCCCAUUCCUGGCAUGCCUGGAGUUCUGAUAACUUACAGCAAGUUGGAGAAGAGAGAUGAGCUGAGGCAGCUGGGAAGAAGCCACAUCUGGACUUGUCCCCUUCAUUAGCAGAUUUAAAGGUAUAUGCCUGUUGUUCUGGCUUUCAGCCCGGGAACCUAACCUGAGAUUGAUGGGCUGCACAAGUUGUGGGACUAGAAACAUUUGAUACAUUGCUAGGAAUUGGCCUGUGGUGAGUUAUCUUCUGAGGCAGAGGAGACAUUUAUGAUCCAGGCCUAGAUUUACUUCCAAAGACAUACAGUGAAGUCAUUCAUCAAAAAUGGCACAUGCUGCUGCUUUCCCCAUUGACAAACAUGCCAAGAUUCUGCCAGAAAUGAGCCCUAUGAGUCAGUGCAACCCCACAGCAGCCAAUAAGAGUUGUGCUCAGCAUGAAGUUUGGUCUGGAAUGUUUCAUUGUUGAUAUCCCACCUUUUAAAGAACAGAGUCCAGCAUGGAUAGUUCAUUCAUGAAAAUAAAGCAAGAAUUUGGAAUGAUAUUUUUUCUCCUGGCUGAUGAAAGGCUAUUUAAGGGGAUAUUGGUGCAGGAAUUCAAAAUGGAGAGGACUUACAUUGGGUUUUUCCCCCCUGGAACAGAAGCAAUGACAAACUGUAGUAGACAUGCAAGUUGUUGCUGGAUGUGCUCACUGUUCCCAGGGGCUUCCACAGAAAUAUAAGAACUGACAAGUGCAGCAAUCUUUUCUGAUAUCUGAAGACUUCUUCAGUAACAAGGAUAUCCUUUAAAGUGAGGUAGCUAAUGGAUGGUCCUCCAGAUGUUGGAUUCCAGCUCCCACUAGCCCCAGCCAGCAUGGCCAGUAGAAUUGUAGAGCUGCAAGGGACCCCAAUGGUAAUCUAGUCCAACCCCCUGCCUUGCAGGAAAUUCAGGGAUGAUGGGAGUUAAAGUCCAGCAAACUCUUGGAGGGCCACAGGUUAGCCAUCCCUGAUUUAAAGAAUUACCAUAGAUCUACUUCUGUUCAAGAAUAUGCUAUGCAAUCCACAAUUAAAUUAAUUAAAUACUGUGUGUGUGUGUGUGUGUGUGUGUGUGUGUGUGUACAUUAUUGAUAAGUCAGAUGUGCCUGAGAGAAUUUUUCAAACGCAGAGCAAUCUGGACACGUAAUAAUUGUUGCUUUUUUAAAAAAAAUGUAUGCUAUCAAUGAUGUUUCUGAGUUAUUCAAGCCCCAGAUUGAUGCCAUAGGAACGGACAAAAUUUUAGCCUUCUACAAAUGGAAGAGCUUCUCUCUGGUUGGUGACCUGCAACAGUGGAAUACCCUCACUGGUGGGUUGCGGCAAUGUCCCUCAUUAUUAAUAUUCACAGGGAAUUUAAAAACAUGCCUGUUUACCCAGACGUUUGGUGUCUGAAAGAUAUUGUUCGUGGCAACCUUGAAAUUAUUAGCUGUGAGGUUAUAUAAACUGUUUUAAGAUGUUUAAAAUAUUUUAUUUUUAGUUCAGUUAUACUGAAAUCCUUUGGUUGAGAUUCUGGAAUCUGAAUGAAGUGAUAAUGGGUAAUAAAUAAAUAGAGAUUUUAAACAAGACUAGCCAGAUAUAGCCAACUGAGCCAUCACCUGGAAUAAGGAACAUGGCAGCCACUACAAUUGGGCAUCAGUCAAAGACAAAUCAUGUUUCAACUGAAUCUGCUUCAGUUUGAUGGGACUAACUUGCCCCAUUGAUUUCAAUGGCUCUUAAGCUAGCACAUGUAUCAUUGCUGGUGAGUUUUUAAAAAAAUAAAAGUUUCUGAAUGCAAGUCCUGUCCCCAUGGACACCCUCCCUAAAUAUCAGCACUGAUCUCCAUUCCUGCAGAAUUAUCUUGCCUUGGUGUAAGGGGUCAUGUGAUAACACUGAAGCAUUUUCCUUUCCAUUGACCAUGCUGUGCCUUAACAUAGUAUCUUUUGACCAUAAACAAUUUAUUUUUUUAGGAAUCACAAUGUAUGCCAUCGGAAUAGGGAAAGCAAUUGAGGAGGAAUUACGAGAAAUCGCUUCUGACCCUCCAGACAAGCAUCUUUUCUAUGCAGAGGAUUUCAGUGCCAUGGAAGAGAUUAGUGAAAAGCUGCAAAACAGAAUCUGUGAAGGUAAUAAUUGUGCCAGAUUCAGUUUUCUUGUAUGAACAAUUAAUGCAGACAGAAGUUUGUGGCCUGGCAGAAGGGAUCUAACCAUUUGUCUUGAACAUCUGCAGAAAUCACAGGGAUACAUGUAAAACACAAUGACCAAUGAGCCACUGGGAAGAGUAAUGUUUCAGCUGUUUAUCACUCGGGGAAUAUUUGACUUUAUUCUAACGCCAGGGACAUAUACAAUCAUUUCUACUACUUCUGCCAGCUUAACAAGUCAUGUAUGAAAUGUACAACUCAAGAAACCCAGGAGAACUGGCGACGCCCUCCCCUUCCUAUAUACUGCAGAAAGAUCAUCAGUACUGCUAAAAAACAACUACACCAUGCACGAUCCAUUCCUUUGGGGAUAUUUGGUAAUUUAUAGUUUUCUGUUAAGAUGGCCUGUUGGUCAGUAUUAGUCACAUCUGAGGGAAUAUGAUGGAAUACAGGGGAAGGACACAGGCAGCACUGAGUGGCAACAAGGAGGAAGUCACAGUAAAAACAUAUUCUUUGGCAGUGAUUUUUAGAAUAAAAAUGAGUAGACAAAUUCAGAAAUGAACGACUCCAGGCUUGAAGUAUUUUAUUUCAGUUCUUUGAGCCAUGGAUCUGGCUUUCUAUUGCUUAUUUUAAUUUCUUCCUGGCGGCCGCUGUUCUCUCAGGUCAGCUGCUAACAUGAAUGUAAACCCUGCACUGGCUAGGAGAUGCAUUCAAUUUAUCUUCCAUAUUCUCUCCCACGUUCAUUACUUGCAUUCAUACAUGACACAAAUGCUCAAAAGAAUCUCACUUGCGCUUUUAAUACAAUGUAUGAAAAUGUUCUAAUAAGAGCUGAAGAUAACUAGUACUGGAUCUAUUUUGAAAACCCAAGUGCUUAUCAUGCUGCCUGGCAUACACAAUUCUACUUCUCAGUAGGAUUGUAACUGAUUAAAUCAUUUUUUUAAACUAAGGCUGUCCCCAGUUAAUUAGGCAGCAGAUUGAGGGUUUUAAAAAUAUUUUAAUGCAAUACUUUAAAAAAACUAUAGACUGCAAGCACAGUCUUUAAAAGUGGUAUUGCCCCCUCUCUUCUCUCACCAAGUAAGAAUCCUUCUUCUAAGACGACACAUUCAUGCAUAAUCUAAAAAAAAAAUACAGUGGUACCUUGGUUCUCAAACUUAAUCUGUUCCGGGAGUCUGUUCGACUCCUGAAACUGUUCAAAAACCAAGACGCAGCUUCCGAUUGGCUGCAGGAGCUUCCUGCACUCACUUGGAAGCUGUGUCGGACGUUCGGUUUCCAAAAAGUGUUCUCAAACCAGAACACUUAGUUCUGCGUUUUUGGUGUUCGGGAGCCAAUUUGUUCGACAACUAAGCCGUUUGAGAACCAAGGUACCACUAUAUGCCCCUCACUUCAGAAAGUUUGGGUUGGAUCCAAUGAAAGGAGUCCUUCUGCCAGGUAAAGGAGUACUUCUAUUAGAGAAAGCCUCCUUACUUAGGAAGCUCCUUCUGUCAGAGGCAGAGAACUUUUAGGUCCAAACCUCUAUGGGAGGCGGGUGGCGCUGUGGUCUAAACCACUGAGCCUAGGACUUGCCAAUCAGAAGGUCGGCGGUUCGAAUCCCCGAGAUGGGGUGAGCUCCCGUUGCUCGGUCCCUUCUCCUGCCCACCUAGCAGUUCAAAAGCAUGUCAAAGUGCAAGUAGAUAAAUAGGUACCGCUCCGGCGGGAAGGUAAGCGGCGUUUCCGUGCGCUGCUCUGAUUUUGCCAGAAGCGGCUUAAUCAUGCUGGCCACAUGACCCGGAAAAACUGUCUGCGGACAAACGCCGGCUCCCUCAGCCUGUAAAGCGAGAUGAGCGCCGCAAGCCCAGAGUCGUCCGCGACUGGACCUAACAGUCAGGGUCCCUUUACCUUUAAUAGAGUAUAAGAAAGAUGCUUCCCUAUGCACCUCCAGAUAAUUGACAAAUAACCCACUUUGCAUCAUACCACCUUGAGGUAUCCUAUAUAUUUUGUGUGCGUGUUUUAUCCCUACACUCACAAUUGUUUCACCUUUUAUCUGUGGCAACCUCUGCAACAGGAGGAACAUUUUUCAUACUCUCUUAAGUAAUAUAUGUUUCUGCAAGACCAUGACCUCCCAAGCACAUAUAUAUUCAAUGAUGACUUAGCAAAGAACAAGCAGUAACAACUGAAAUGAUCCUGCUGAAUGAUUUUCUGUUGUCCAGAAACAAUUCUAGCCAUCUAAAUCUCCCUGAAAUCUCAUUCGUCCUCCUGGUUUAUUCUAGAUCAUUAGUAUGUUACAGAUUUCUGCAAUAAAUGCUGUUUCAUUUCAUGUUGACAAUAUUUCUUCCAGGUCUGAAAGGCCACCAGGAUUUGCCAGCAAAUGUCCUGUAUUCAGAAGAUUCACAUUCUCAAGGUUUGAGAUUCUAAGUCUGUGUAUCUUCCAUUUCCAGCUCACCUAGUUCUCCACUAAGCAUUUGUCAUUCUCAAUCAUUUCUUGAAAAAGUAAUAUUAGGCCACUUUCAUUGUAAUGCUGUUGCUGAGCUCAUGUUUAAAUAUUUGUAUCAAUAUAAAAUGAGUGCAAAUCCAUGUGCAACACAUGUUCCUGGUACAGUUUUCAUAACCUUAUGUAGAAGUUCAGGCACACAGGAAAGUAUUUUUAAAAUUAGAACAUUUCAACUAAAUCCAUUCUUUAAUUUUGAAAACAUACCAUGCAUGUUAUAUAUUAUCUCUGUAGAUCUGGGUUAAUCUAAAAGCUUCACAUAAAAAGCAAACUGAGGAAUUAUCUUUUUUAGCACAGUGUACUCAGUCUUCUUUCACUAAAAUAAAUACACAAAUACACAAAACUUGUAAAAAGCUGGAUGCCAAUAAGGAACAAGAAAAUAUGUAAGAUACGUGGCUUACUAUAUUAAAUUCAGUUCUGUUCUUUAUGGCUCCUUACAGAACCGGAAGCAGCUACCCUAGCAAUCAAAGAUGUUCUCACCUGUACCAAUUUUGCAGUGCAUCACAAGUAUCUCUUUGAAGAAAAACAGCUGCGAUCAAAAGUAGCUUCAGGUAAAUCUACUUCGGUUCUGCACUUUAGCAUGGAUAUUUAUCCUCCGACACAGGAGGACCCCUCCUCAGUUGCAAUCCCCACCUACAACUGAAGUAGUCCAUUCCAGACACACACGUACCACUUCUGUUUACCCUAUUUAUUGGCUAUUUACUGUAAUUCAUCACAGCCAAGUCUGACUCUGAAUGGAGAGGAGGGCUCUGCUGGGUCAGCUUGGAUUUGUGCUGAAUUGGGAAAGUAUUAAGUAUUCAAUUUUAUCAAUGCUGUCAGUGCAAAAAUGAUGUCUACUUCAAAUAAUCCCAAUCCUGAUAUAUAUUUUUUUCCAGCAGGCUAUGCACUUCUUGUCCUGCAAGAUUGCCAACCCUCAGAAGGGUUACACGGAUUAUACAAAAAUUUGUUUUGAUCCUGGGUUUUGCAUGUUGCACUGCUAUGAAAGUGACUAUAAUCUCAAUUGUAGAGCACAUGAUUUGGCAUAGAAACCUCCCUCUGGAGAGCCAGUGUGGUGGAGUGGUUGAGAGCGGUAGUCUUGUAAUCUGGGGAACCGGGUUCACGUCUCUGCUCCUCCACAAGCAGCUGCUGGGUUACCUUGGGCCAGACACACUUCUUUGAAGUUUCUCAGCCCCACUCACCUCACAGAGUGUUUGUUGUGGAGGAGGAAGGGAAAGGAGAAUGUUAGCCGCUUUGAGACUCCUUAAAGGGAGUGAAAGGCGGGAUAUCAAAUCCAAACUCUUCUUCUUCUUGUGGGCACUUCGUCCUUGGAGGUUUUUAAGCAUAGGUUACAGAUGCUUUAGCUGAGACACAGAUGUUUUAGUUGCACUUUAGUUGAGAUUCCUGCAUUGCGAGGGGUUGGACUAGAUGACUCUACAAUUCCGAUUCAUGUUUAAAUCUUGUCAUCUCCAUUAAAGAGCAUUAGAUAGCAGAUACUUGCAACCAUGGAGAACUGCCAAUAGUCAGUGUACUUGAAUAACACUGAAUGCAGAGUAGAAAUUAUGUAAAUAGGUGAAUAAAUCCAUCCUACUAUGGGGCAGCUUCUCAAGCUUCCUUGCUGAACAAAUUGGUGCUUGUAUCCCUGUCAGUGAUCACCUCUUGGAAGAGAUUAAGGGUUCCUUGGAUUCAAGUCCUCAAACUCAUUGGAGGUGGAAGUAUUUCCUCUGCUCCAACUGGAGCGACUCUUAUGUCAGAUCUAAGAUUUAUCUGUCAUGGAUUGCUCUUUUAGUACCAACACAUUACUUUCAGUCAUAGAGCAAACAUGAAUAAAUCUAAUAAAAAAUGGACAAGCAAAAAGUUUUUCUCAACCAGCUUCAUAAGUUUCCUAUGUACUUCAUAGUUUCUUGUUGGUGACCUUCAUUAUGUUAAAUAGGACAGAUGCAAGUGAGUGAUCUGUAUUUAUUUGGAUCUGUAUUUAUUUAGUUAAUGUGUUACAGUACGGUUUUCUAAACCUCUCCCAUCUGUUUUUCAGGAAAUCCUUCAGAAGACAAAGACCCAUGUAAAUGUGAAAACUUUAUGACGUUCCAGAAUUUUGCAAAUGCUGAAGUUAAAAAACUAACACGACAACAUAUCCUUUUUUAUAUACCUAUUUCAUAA